AUGAUGCUGUCAACGACAAAUCGGAUCUCAACGUUGAGGGUGAAUCGAUGUUACAAGAUUUUGAACCAGCGGCGUUUUAUCAUUGGUUUUGUGAGAAACUCAUUGGGAUUGGAUCCACCUCCUUCCCCUGAUGAUCCGACUCCGGAGAAUAGAUUUUAUCCGUGGGACCAAUCUCCGGCUGGAGAUCUACGUGAACGAGCAGCUAGAAUAAGGACUUUAGCGCGCUGUCCUGUAACGGGUAAGGAGAUCAACUAUACCUGUCCAUUGUCGGGAAUUCCGACUCAUCAUUCACGCGAAGCUUGGGAGCAGGAUAAACAAUACCAUAGCUCGAAGAAAUACGAACUUUUGAAGAAGGUUAACAUCUACGAACAUGACUUAAGGAGUGGUAGGCCUUUUCCGGAGUUUGAUUUUCCUCUGGGACAGGAUUUUGAUCGUGCUGUGAACAUGACGAAUUGGGAUCUGUUUUUCUAUACUCGCCAGUUUUAUUCGAUGGAUACGGAGUUUCAGUUGGCAGCAGUCACUAAGAUGUUGAGUUAUCCCAUCUCUAUUGCCUCCGUGCUGCAUCAGUUCUCGCCUUACUCUUUGAACCCGAAAGGCCCUAUCACGCUGGAGGGCUUGAAAUCGUUGGCGGCUCUGCGUUACACCCUAUAUCCUUUAGAGCAUAGGACGGUAUCGACGUCUAACAAGGAUCGGCCGAUGAGAAUCUUCAUUCUUGGUGCUCGUGCCGAGGCUCAGCUGCCAGGCCAUGUCUGGAAGCAGUUGCAGUUCUUGUUUCCCGACCAGAUGUUUGAACUGCACUUCAUAGGUCCGGAAUGUUUGCUGAACAAGGAAAAGCACCAAUACGUUGUUUCCUCUACACCCGUAGUUAAGAGAGUCGAUGAAACUUUGGCUUUUGUAUACCAUACGGACUACUUCCAUGUUUUCCAUGAGGCCCAGGACUUCUUCCCUUACGAUCCAUACUUGGAUGUGUUUUUCUGCUUCCACCCUGGUUUUGGCGCCCCAGAGAGUUCGAAGUCAUGGAUGGAUGAGACUAUGAAGGGCUUGUUGGAGACCAAAUGCGCCAUUUUCACCACCGGUUUCAACCAAACUGACCUGCUGCGGGACGUUGAGGCCGUGAAGGGGAAGUUUGGGAAGGAGGUUGAUGUCUUGAUGGAGCCCGUCAAGAACGUCUUCGGUAGUACCAAGUGGGAACUAAAUGACAUGAACCCUCAAGAAGUAUACCAGUUCAACAUGUACAUAGCGGGUUUCAGAGGCAAGAGAUACCAUGCAAUCGAAGUUUGA